UGCUUCUCUUCACCUUUGCUUGCUUCUUUGCCCAUAAACCCUUCAUCACCUCUUGAGUGGUGUUGAGCUUGUAAACUUGGCCAAGAACAAGAGCAUUAGUUGACUGGUUUUAUAUGCAUUGAUCCAACGUCGCCAUCUCCAUCCUCAAACUCUACCAGAAGUGAUAGCCAAAAUUUGUUGAACCUUCAUUUACAUGGAAGGCCACCUGCCUCCCAGGAUAUUUACAUGGCGUAGAGGGGUUUUAUUAUUUUAUCACUAUUUUUGUUAGGAUUGGAGGGGCACAAGGUGGUGGAGAUGAGCAGAUCAACAUAGUGGCUAGGAUUGGUCUUCGUGAUCUCACUUGUACUCACAGACCAAAUUUUUUUUCUUUCUUUCCCACUUGGAUGUUGAUAACCAAAAUUGCUGCAUCAAUUGCUUGACAAUUUUCUAUUAUCUUCCUCUGUCUCUCUAACACGGAGACAUACAAGGAAAGCUGAAGAAAUGGCAAGAGAGGGAGGAAGGUAGGGGAAAGAAUCUGGGUUUCAUCAGAGAUUUCAGUUGGUAUAUUUGAAAGCGAAUUCGUGCUGAUAACGUGUUGUAAACUAAAGAGAUUAUGGAGAGAAUUGAGAUGGAGAAAAGGCAUAGAAGCCUGAUCUUUUCAUUGAAUGUUUUCUCUGUCUAUUACAACAAAGGAGUAAGCCCGCUUAUAUGCAAAGUCUGUUGGCUUCCUGUGAAUAUGCAAUGACAUGGAUUCCACUUCCACAAUACUUUCAUUAUGAUGUUCUUCAAUCAAUUAGGUAGUGAGGUCUACCAUUUUGGGAUCCAUCUUUGACAUUACAACAUUCUUAAAAUUUUUUAUUCCCUUUAAAGUCAAUUUAUGAGGCUGCAAUUUAAAAGUUUCUUUGACUUUUUUUUUUUUUUUUGGGAGAGAGUUGUUUUGACUUUAACUUUUGUAUCCUCAAGGCAAGACUUAUUGGCUUAACAAAGCCAAGGCUUGUACUUGUAGGUUCAUGGAAAGAAAUCUCAUACUUCUUUGUAUUCUGUGUUGCUGCUGCAUAAUCUUCAUAGGGCCCUCUGACUCUCAAACUGAUACUUUAGCACAAGGCCAACAGCUCAAGGAUGGGAUGCAGCUGUUUUCAGCUUCUGGGAUUUUCAGGUUAGGAUUCUUCAAACCUGGAAAUUCAAAUACUUCUUACUUAGGAAUAUGGUACAACAGAAACAAUGAAAAGGCAGCGUGGAUCGCAAACCGUAACAAUCCGAUUCUUGAAAACUCUGGAGUUCUCACAAUUGAUCAGUAUGGUAACUUGAAAAUUUUAUACAACAUAGGAGAUUCUAUUGAGCUAUAUUCAGUUCAUCAAGAAGCAGUAAAUACUAGUGCUACUCUACUUGACAGUGGCAAUUUUGUGCUCAGUGAACUGAACCCUGAUGGAUCUAUAAAACAGGAGUUGUGGCAAAGCUUUGAUUAUCCAACUGGCACACUUUUGCCAAAAAUGAAACUGGGGUUUGACAGAAAAACUGGCCUCAAUUGGACUCUAACUUCAUGGAGAACUGAUAAUUUGCCUGCCAUAGGGUCAUUUACACUUGGCUUGGACCCGACUGGUUUAAAACAAAUGGUCAUAUGGUGGAGAGGAAGCAUCUACUGGACUAGUGGGCCUUGGAACAAUGGGUGCUUCAGCUUCAUGUAUGAGUUUUGCAAUUAUUAUAAGUACAACUUUAGCUACAUAUCAAAUGGGAAUGAAACAUACUUCAGUUAUUCAGUUGAUAAAGGUACCACUAUUUUCCCAAGGCUCAUGCUAAGUGCAGAGGGUGAACUCAGGGGUUUUGGGAUGGAUUCCAUCUUUACAGGAGUUUCAUGUACAUCUUCCACCAACUCUUCCUUGAAAGAUGGGUGUGUUCAGGAGAAGCUUCCCGACUGCCGGAGCCCCGGUGAGAAAUUCGUGUUGAAAAUGGGUCUCAUGUCUCGUGGUGGGAUUAAGUUCCAUGAAAAUGAGAAUCUCACUCUCAUUGAUUGUUGGGAUGAGUGCUUCAAACUUUGUUCCUGUAUUGCUUAUGCUUCUGCAAAUGAUGAUGGUACCGGCUGUGAGAUUUGGACCAAAGGGACAACGUUCACACAAGACAACCUAGGUAUCCUGAGAGAAAUACACAUCCUUGAAUCAAAAGUACGGCUGUGGUGGAUAUGGCUAACCAUUUUGGUAGGAGGAACUGCUCUUUUCCCUCUACUCUGCUCCUGCUGCUAUGUCCUGUGGAAAAAAUCCAAAGCAAGAGGUUCUCGGUCGCAAAGAAUGACAUACAAUAUCCUAUUACAUGAACUUGGUGAAGGGAGAAGACAUCAGAAAGAUGGGAAGACAAGCAAUAAUGAGUUGCAGAUGUUCAGUUUUGAAACAAUAGCUCUUGCUACAAACUGUUUCUCAGCAGCAAAUAAGCUAGGGGAGGGUGGUUUUGGACCUGUUUAUAAGGGAAAAUUACUUGAUGGGCAAGAAGUAGCAAUAAAGAGACUUUCAAGAAGCUCAGGACAAGGGCUAGUGGAAUUCAAGAAUGAAGCCAUCCUUGUUGCCAAACUCCAGCACACUAAUCUUGUGAGGCUUCUAGGAUUCUGCAUCCAGGGAGAAGAAAAAAUAUUGAUCUAUGAGUACAUGCCUAACAAAAGCUUAGAUUUCAUCCUCUUUGCAGAUGAUCAGAGAAAGAAUGUGUUAAAUUGGAAGAAACGCUUCAGCGUCAUAGAGGGGAUUGCUCAAGGACUGAUUUAUCUUCAUAAAUAUUCAAGACUAAAAGUGAUUCACAGAGAUUUAAAGGCCAGCAACGUUUUACUUGACAAGGAUCUGAACCCAAAAGUAUCUGAUUUUGGCAUGGCUAGAAUAUUUGGUUUGAAUGAGAUGGAAGAAAACACAAAUAGAGUUGUUGGGACAUACGGUUAUAUGUCUCCGGAGUACGCCAUGAAAGGCAUUGUGUCCAUAAAAACUGAUGUGUUCAGCUUUGGAGUCCUACUGCUAGAGAUUGUGAGUGGGAAGAAAAAUAACAGUAACUAUCAUUUCAAGUAUCAACUCAACCUCAUUGGAUAUGCAUGGCAGCUCUGGAAUGAAGAUAGAGGAUUCGAGCUAGUAGACCCGGUGUUGGGUGAAUCUUGCCCCAUUACUGAAGUACUAAGAUGCAUUCAUGUGAGUCUCUUGUGUGUACAAGAUCAUGCAGCAGACAGGCCAACAAUGCCAGAUGUUGUUUCCAUGCUCUCAAAUGAAAGCAUUCCAUUACCACCACCAAAACAGCCAGCAUAUUUCCUAAAUACAGUUAGGGCAGAGCGAGAGAUGGCUGAAAAUAAGUCUGAAAUCUGCUCCACAAAUGAUGUAACAAUCUCAGUGAUGGAAGCAAGGUAAAUGCAGUAACCAUGUAAAUAUGCGUGUGUGUUCAAGCACAAUGGUGGGUGGACAGAUACAUGCCACAUAUGAUUCUUUCAAGAAUUCAUUUAUCUGAUGAUCAAAUACAAUGAAUGGUGGAUGUGUAAAUGAACAAUCCAUGAUGAAGAGUUGGAAAUCUUUUUUAUUUUAAUAAUUUUUUUUAAUGUGCUUGUAAAUUCAACUAGAAUAUGAUGGAUUGAAUGCGUUUGUAUUCUUCUUCAUCUCCUCUUUUUUACCUCUCUUUCUGUCUCUUAAUUUAGAAAUAAUAAAUAAAGAAUUGUGAAAGUAUUGUCACCUGUUUUUAGAGAAGAAAUGUGAUUGCCAACUGAGCAAUCUCUCAACCACAAAAAACUCUAAAAACAAGUCAUUUUAAACCUUUCCAUUGCGCAGCAGAAAUUACCCAAAAAAGACACUCUCAAUUAAUUUUUAAAACAGGUAAAACUUGAAUUAAAUAAUUUGUUUAGUUUCUACAAUUUCACAAAGGCAGAAAAACUAAUAAUGGUAAAUUUAUUCACAUUUUAUCUUUUUCGCCAACCGAUUGACAAAAUUGUACACCUUUUUAAAAAAGAAAAAAAGAAAAAGAAAUAAUUGGAGGUAGAUGACCAAAAGGAUUGACUCAUGCACGUGAGAAGCACGUGCAAGUAUCCACUAUAUAAAGAUGAUUUGUAAACCAGUCAUAGCAAGGCUGUGCGUAUUAUUGCAGUAGGGUUGUCCUGGGAAUUCCUCCUUCCUCUCAGAUUCGACCCAAGCCUUUUGCCUAGAUCGCAGCCAUGUCUUCCAAGCAAGGUGGAAAGGCGAAGCCUUUGAAGCAACCCAAGUCCGAGAAGAAAGAGUACGACGAGUCUGAUUUGGCCAACAUUCAGAAGAAAAAAGAUGAGGAAAAGGCACUGAAGGAGCUUAGAGCCAAGGCACAACAGAAGGGAUCCUUUGGAGGUGCUGGGCUCAAGAAAAGUGGGAAGAAAUGAGAGGGUUAUUAGAACCCCCUAGUUGGGGUGCAAUAUAUUUUUCUUGGGCUGUAAUUAUAAACACUAUUGUGUUGAAGUCUUUCAAUUUAUGUGAUGGUCUAGUUUCUAAUGUGCUGCUAGACGCAUGAGUGACUUUCAGUGUGUAACAGUAUGACUAUGUCUAAAUAAGUUAGUUGGAGUUUGCCUAUCUUGAGCCUUCCGGCGUUUUC